UCAAACAGGAAGUAGCUGCUCACUCUGUAUGUGACCGGAACAGACCAAGACCAAGCAUGGUUUUGUGUUCUUGUUCAUUUCUCUUGCUUUAGACUUUUCAAUCUUUUCACUACUUUACACGAGCAGCAGUGCGCCACCGUGUGUCUGCCCCGCGCCCUGCUCCUCUGCUCCUCUGUACUCGUGUAAGAUGGUGUCUGUUGUGUGUACUCUGGAUCAUCACACGGACGAAGUGAGCGGCUGUGCUUUCUCCGCGUCCCUCCUGGCCACCUGCUCCGGGGACAAGACGCUCCGGGUUUACAGCGCCGCGGACUUCUCUGAGCUGCCGUACUCGCCUCUGUCCGGACACGGGUACGGGGUGCACUGCUGCUGCUUCACCUCCUGCGGCUCCUACCUGCUCAGCUGCUCCACAGAUGGCGCCAUUGCGGUGUGGAGCGCGCGCACAGGUGAGCGUCUGUGUGCGCUCGAGCACCCGGCCCGCAGCCCGCUCCGCGCAUGCGCAGUGGCUCCAGACUCGUCCCUGGUGCUCGGAGGAGCGAGUGACGGAACCGCGGCGCUCUGGGAUUUCUCCAGCAAAACACUGCGAUGGUGUCUUGCUGUGAGUGAGGCCAGUGUGGUGGCCUGCUGCUUCUCUCCGUGUUCUCAGAUGUUUGUGAUGGGGAGUACCCAGGGGUGCCUCCAGCUGUGGGGAGUGGACGGGAGCUCGCUGUGUGUCCAGAAGGAUGCUCAUGACCUGGGAGUGACCUGCUGCAGCUUUGCUCCACAGUUCACAGUUGACGGCUGCUGCGUGGAGUUUCGACUGGCCUCCUGCGGACAGGACAGCCAACUGAAAAUAUGGAUUGUCUCUCAGCGUGAAGGAACAGUGCACUCCGUGAAGCUGCUCCACACACUCACAGGCCAGUCUGCCCCGGUCCUGUCCUGUGCCUUCUCCUCGGACGGAGCUCUCGUUGUGUCUGGAUCUGUAAACAAAACUGUUGCCAUAUACGAUACGAACCUUGGGUCUCUUCUGUACUCCCUGAAACAGCACGACAGAUAUGUUACCGCUGUGGCUUUGUCUCCUACAAAACCUUUGCUGGCAACGGGCUCCAUGGACCGGACAGUCAGAGUGUGGAGGAUAGGAGAUGGGGAUGACACAGCGGCAGCUGAAUCCAAACCAACAGUGUGUGAAGACAGGAAGUUACCCGCUCACUCCAGGCUGACGCUGCUCUCUGAUUGGUCGGAGGAGGACGUGCAGGCCUGGCUGUGUGAGGAGGGGCUGGAGGAGCUGAUCGGAAUCUUCAAAUCCAACAACAUGGACGGACCUGAGCUCAGCCGUCUGAACAAGGAAACUGCAGUGGAGAUGGGCAUCGAGUCUGUAGGUCUGCGUGGUCGUCUCCUGAGAAAACUGGAGUCCCUGAAGGUAUCACAGAGCGGUUCAGAGGCUCCGGAUGAGUUCCUCUGUCCCAUCACCAGAGAGCUGAUGAGGGAUCCAGUCAUCGCCGCAGAUGGAUAUUCCUAUGAGCGGAAGUCUAUCGAGAGCUGGAUCAGAGGGACAACCAAAACCAGCCCCAUGACCAACCUGCCCCUCCAGACCACCCUGCUCACUCCCAACAGAUCGCUCAAGAUGGCCAUAGCUCGCUGGAAAUCGAGUCAGCAGCUGUAGCAACGUUUAAUGUCCUGUAUUACACAAAAUGGACUCUUGUGAGCUUUAAGCCAUGUUAUAAUGUUGUUACCUCUUCAAAAACAGACCUGGAGUUGCUUGUUUCAUUCCAACAUGUUUGAGUAACACUUUAUUAUUAAUCUGUCUACAUUUCCAAAGCUCAAAAUGCUCUGUUACACCUUGUGGUGUCAUUAGGUGGUACUUUUCAAAUUAAUAGCUACCUCCAGAGAUCAGAAAACAGUGUAGUAUAGGCCC